CCCAGUCAGCACACAUUCUGGUAGACCAGUCAGCACACAUUCUGGUAGACCAGUCAGCACACAUUCUAAUAGCCCAGUCAGUACACAUUCUAAUAGCCCAGUCAGCACACAUUCUAAUAGCCCAGUCAGCACACAUUCUGGUAGACCAGUCAGCACACAUUCUGGUAGACCAGUCAGCACACAUUCUAAUAGCCCAGUCAGCACACAUUCUAAUAGCCCAGUCAGCACACAUUCUGGUAGACCAGUCAGCACACAUUCUAAUAGCCCAGUCAGCACACAUUCUGGUAGACCAGUCAGCACACAUUCUGGUAGACCAGUCAGCACACAUUCUAAUAGCCCAGUCAGCACACAUUCUAAUAGCCCAGUCAGCACACAUUCUGGUAGACCAGUCAGCACACAUUCUGGUAGACCAGUCAGGACACAUUCUGGUAGACCAGUCAGCACACAUUCUGGUAGACCAGUCAGCACACAUUCUGGUAGACCAGUCAGCAAACAUUCUAAUAGCCCAGUCAGCACACAUUCUGGUAGACCAGUCAGCACACAUUCUGGUAGACCAGUCAGCAUACAUUCUGGUAGCCCGGUCAGCACACAUUCUAAUAGCCCAGUCAGUACACAUUCUAAAAGCCAUGUCAGCACACAUUCUAAUAGUCCAGUCAGUACACAAUCUAAAAGCCCAGUCAGCACACAUUCUAAUAGUCCAGUCAGUACACAAUCUAAAGGCCCAGUCAGCACACAUUCUAAUAGCCCAGUCGGCACACAUUCUGGUAGCCCAGUCAGCACACAUUCUAAAAGCCAUGUCAGCCCACAUUAUAAUAGCCCAGUCAGCACACAUUCUAAUAGCCCAGUCAGCACACAUUCUAAUAGCCCAGUCAGCACACAUUUAAAUAGCCCAGACAGCACACAUUCUAAUAGCCCAGUCAGCACACAUUCUAAAAGCCCAGUCAGCACACAUUCUAAUAUCCCAGUCAGAACACAUUCUUAUACUCCAGUCAGCACACAUUCUAAUAGCCCAGUCAGCACACAUUCUG